AUUGUGAAGCUGCUGCUCGACAAGGACGCCGACGUCAACGCGCAGGGUGGAGAAUACAGCAACGCACUCCACGCAGCUUCAGAAGAAGGCCACGAGCAGAUUGUGAAGCAGCUGCUCAAGAAGGGGGCGAAAUCGUAUGUAUAUCGGCAAUACGAAAGUGAUUUGUGGCAAGCUCGCCCCUGUUUACGGGGAGGAUGGCUGACCCGCUCUAGCUAUGCUAUGAGGUGGCAAUUCUGUCUAGCAGAUAGUCGUAGGGAACGACCCGCUUGCGAAGACUUUGCACAGCUACAUACCUAA